AUGGCUUCUACUAACCAAGCUGCAAACUCUGCUGACACUGCAGAGACAGUCUCAUCUCCUGCUCGUGUCAAUCCCUUCGAAGGAACCUACCCACCUCUUGAUCCCAACAAGCCAGUCAAGAAGUUCACACCGGCUGAGAUCGAAUUGGCACUCCUCGAGCUCACCCUCGAGGCUGCAAGCCAAGUGAGCAAAGUCCAGAUGGAAGAGGCUACAACCGCUGCAGAGAGACGGGAGGUUCUAGACCAGCACUUCCUUGCUGUCGCCAAAGCACAAUCUUCUGCUACCUCGAAGAAAGCUAGACAGAUCGUGCAAGGCCAGUUCAUGUUGUUGCGCUUGGAAUCUGAGGUCGCGGAGUUGGAGGAGCAGUAUUGGUACUCUAGACUCUGA